AUGGAUAGGAAUGUCUUGUUUUCUAUUUCUACGACAUCGGCUGCGCUUUCAUUGGUUAUAAAUUCUCUUUUCAUCUAUAUUUCCUGCAAGAAAGAAAGGAAAAACAUUGGCACGUAUAGGUACUUCUUGGUCGCUUUCGCAACGUGCAACAUUCUAUACUCUUCUGUGGAAUAUAUCGCUAAGCCGGUCAAUUUUAUUUAUGGGCAUGCAAUGCUGUCUUUCAACAACGGACCUAUAACAUUUGUACCAGCGUUGGACCCAUUAUUUAUGGCUCUUUUCUUCUCCAUGCAAGGGAUCGAAAGCGCACUCUUAACUUUGCAUUUUCUUUAUCGUUACAUCGUUGUAUGCAAGCCGGAAAAAAAGAAGUACUUCGAAGGAUCUAAGCUUGCUAUUUGGGCUGCUUUUAAUCUCAUUUGGGGUCUCAUCUACUUUUUCAUCGCCUCAUAUUGUCUGGAGCCUACCAAGGAGUGUUAUGAGUACGCUGAAAAAGCAGUUCGCGAUACUUUUCAUCGAGAUCUGCAUGAGUUACCGCAUAUAUGUUUUCUGGCAUAUGAGAUCAUAGAUAAUUCACUAAUUAUAUACUGGAAGCCAACAACGGGUAUAGCCCUGGUUGUGCUGAUGACAAUUACGACAAUCAUUACUAUGAUUUAUCUUGGAGUGCGAACCUCAAGAACUCUGAAGCAAAGUGCCUCAAGCAAGAAAACAAUCACUCUUCAAAGGCAAAUGCUCAUAGCUUUGACAAUCCAGAAUGAUUAUGAAACCCGUGAAUGCAACGUCUACAACAACGGCAACGAAGACAGUCAAAGUUCACAGCUUGCAUUUGACAACAACAUCUCAUAG